UGGAUCCCUGAUGGGUAGGGAGAAUGGAACCCUGAAGGGGUUAUAUGUCUUUUAGCGGGUUGAAGGCUAACGUGCAAGCUGGGAGAGCUGGACCACUGGGUCCCUUAGGUGAUGAGUGGACUCUGAGAUGCCUGGCUAAGUAGAAGGGGAUGGAAGCUGGGGGUUAGAGAUCUGGAAAAGAAGCUAAAGUAACGGACUUCGGAAUCCCAAGGCGUGGCUGGGGAAGCCCUGGACUUGAAGGGGUUAAGGGGCGUUCCCCUCUACUCUCCGGGUCUCCUUUCCUUCCAGCUGUGCAUUCCAGAGCCAUGACCUCAGGCGGUGGCAGUGCCUCCCCCCCCCUCCCCCGCUGUCUGGGACUCCUAGCUCACGUCCUCCUCGGCCUUCCAAAUAACCGAUGGGGAGGGGGCGGACCCCAGCGUCCAGGUCUUGGUGACCAAGGCACGAAUCCCAGAGGGGCACGUGGGAGGGGAAGGGGAUGCCGCCACCCCACUCCUCACCCUCGGCGGGGGUGGGGAGUGGGAGUGGAGUGGACGCUUACGCUCUUCAAGGAGCCUCUGCUCUCAGUGCCAGUGUGGGUUUCCGGCAGGCGUGGUGAAUAGCAGGACAAAGACCUGUUCGACCCCCCCUUCCCAGAAAGGAGUGUGACCAGAGGUUUCAGUCAUGCCAGUGACCAUCACUCGAACCACCGUGACCACUACCACCACCUCUUCUGGCGUGGGCUCACCCACCAUAGUGGGCUCUCCUCGGGCACUAACAUCCAAGCUAGGCCUCCUGCGCCUUCUGCAACUGGUGUCCACCUGCGUGGCCUUCUCUCUAGUGGUCCAUGUGGGUGCCUGGGAUGGGGCCAUGGGCCACUGGGCCAUGUUUGCCUGGUGUUUUUGCUUUGCCAUGACACUGGUCAUUCUGGUGGUGGAGGUGGGUGGCUUCCAACCCCGAUUCCCACUCUCCUGGCGAAAUUUCCCAAUCGCCUAUGCCUGUUAUGCCACCCUGCUCUGCCUCUCAGCUUCCAUCAUCUACCCCACCACCUAUGUCCAGUUCAUGCCCCAGGGCCAAAAACGAGACCAUGCCAUUGCAGCCACCUUCUUCUCCUGUGUGGCCUGCCUCGCCUAUGCCACCGAGGUGGCCUGGACCAGAGCCCGGCCCGGGGAGGUCACAGGCUACAUGGCCACUGUCCCUGGCCUCCUCAAGGUCUUUGAGACUUUUGUAGCCUGUAUCAUCUUUGCCUUUGCCAGUGACCCACCCAUCUACCAGCGUCACUCCGCCCUGGAAUGGUGUCUGGCGGUCUACUGUAUCUGCUUCAUCCUGUCUGCCGUGGCCAUCCUCCUGAGCCUGGGUGACUGCACAGGCCAGUUGCCCAUCUCAUUCCCUAGUUUCCUCACAGGCCUGGCCAUGUUGGCGGUGGCUCUCUACGCCUCAGCCCUGGUGCUCUGGCCCCUCUAUCAGUUCGAUGAGAGGAAGGGUGGCCGGCCGCGGAGGCGGGAUGAUUUGGGCUGCCCCAGCCGCCAUGCUUCGACUGUGUGUGACUGGGAUAGGCGACUGACCGUGGCCAUCCUCACGGCAGUCAACUUCCUGGCCUACGUGGCCGACCUGGUGCACUCGGCCCGGCUGGUCUUCAUCAGGGUGUGAGUGGGCAGCAGCCUGCCAGCCUCUCCAUCCCCGGUCUCCUCCUCUCUCCUUUCCGGAGUCCCUUUGCCUGCUUUUCUCACUGUCUGUAUUUCCUUCUUUCCCACCAGCUCUUGGCCUCCUCUCUCUCUCCUCCUUUCUCCUGCCCUUCUGCCUGUCCCAGCUCCCCUCUAAAGUGCUGAGCUUCUUACCCCUGGCCCAAUUCCCAGCAGCUAUUCCAGGGUUACUUGGCCACACAUCAACCCCCUCCCAGGACCAUGGGUUUCCACUGCCAAAGCAUGUUGGUUUGCUCCCCUCCCCACCCAAUCCUGUGUGCCUUAGUCUGUGUGAAUGUCGGGAGAACUGGGGAAGGUGGUGGCCUCCUUCUUCAUCCUCUUCCUGCCUGACUGGAGGCGGUGGGGGCAGCCUCUCUGUGCCAAAUGCACCUCCUCUUCCAAGUGAAAAAUGUAUCUCGGGAGGUGUCUAAAGUUCUCAGUGGGACGAUGAAGUCCUCAAGCCCUGCUCUGCCUUGGUUUCCAUUAUCACAACACCUUCGACAGCUCUUCCUGGCAACCUGGGGAAAGGGAAUGGAGGACAGUGAGCACCACCCCAUCUGCCUUGGACCUUUCUGGUAUCGGAAUGUCAGUCAAGACUGAGAGUGAAGGCAAAGGCUGCCUGACCCAGAAACACCAAUGGUGGUGGCUUUCCUUAAGACUAACAGGCGGGUGGGAGGGAUUUGGAGGACCAGAGAGAAGGGAGCAAAUGUUUUCUUCCCAACCUCCUCCUCUCUGUUGCUCUGUGUGUGUGUGUGUGGGUGUGUGUGUGUGUGUUUGCUGCCGAUUCUGAGCACCCCGCAUUGCUUUCUCUGGGGAGAUUAUGUUGAGCUGUAUUGGAUAUGAUGCUGUAUUACUAUGCUUCCCCCCACCCCACACACACAUCUGAUGUUAGUGUCAACAUUUUUUUUUUACCUCAAUAUAAAGACCACAUAUGAAGUGUC